CUGCACACACACACACACGGCAGAGGCAGUCUAAACCCUGUACACGCACAGCAGCAAGAGAGGCCAGGUAGCUAGCUAGCUUGGUAGCUUGGUAACCAUGGCGAAGAAGGCGGCGGUGAUCGCCACGCUGCUGGCCCUGAACCUGCUCUUCUUCACCUUCGCCGACGCCUGCGGCUGCCACUGCGGAUCCUGCCCUAGUCCGGGCGGCGGCGGCGGCGGUGGGGGUGGCGGUGGAGGUGGGAGCGGUGGCGGGGGUGGUGGAGGGAGCGGUGGAGGCGGAUCUGGAGGAGGCGGCAGCGGCGGCGGCGGAUCUGGAGGAGGUGGCAGCGGCGGAGGUGGGUCAGGAGGAGGUGGCAGCGGCGGCGGCGGGUCCGGCGGUGGCGGAUCGGGAGGAGGCGGAUCAGGCGGGCGCGCGCGGUGCCCCAUCGACACGCUGAAGCUGGGGGUGUGCGCCAACGUGCUCAACGGGCUGAUCAACCUGCAGCUGGGGACGCCGCCGAAGCAGCCGUGCUGCUCGCUAAUCCAGGGGCUCGCCGACCUGGAGGCGGCGGUGUGCCUCUGCACGGCGCUCAAGGCCAACAUCCUGGGCAUCAACCUCAACGUGCCCAUCGACCUCAGCCUCCUCGUCAACUACUGCGGCAAGAACGUCCCCUCCGGCUUCCAGUGCCCCCGCUAGAAGAGAAGACCCGAGAGAUCCAUCGUCCACUGCAUGCAGGCAUCCACUAUACGUACGUACGUGCAUGCACGCACGCAUGAUCUACAAUCCAUCCAUUGACUAGUGCUCUAUAGCUAGUCGUAUACGUUAUUUGCUUCAUAAUUUAUCAUCGCUCUUGCUAGUUGCUAAACUUGCAUAUUUCUCUGUGUGUGUGUGGUAGUACCGUUUGUACCACGUACUGCUUGUCAUCGAACUGGUUACGGUACUGUAUGGACCAUGGAUCCAGUUCUCAGCCACAUAUGAUCUCAUGCGUGUACCGCUGGCUGCUAUUAUAUUUCCUUCAAAAAGAGGUUGCUCCUCCACAAUUGUAGUAAAGUAAUUAAUAUCAUA